AUGGGCACUAAGCUAGUCGUUGGUUUGUUUACUUUAAAUGUGAUUAGUGCGUACGCACCCCAAUUGGGCUUGGACAAGGAGGUUAAGAGGCAUUUUUGGGAGGACUUGGAUGAGGUUAUGUGUGGUAUCCCGCACACUAAGAAGCUUUUUAUAGGAGGAGAUUUCAAUGGCAACAUUGGAGCGACAUCUAGGGGUUACAAUGAUGUGCAUGGAGGCUUCAGUUUUGGGGUUAGGAAUGGAGGAGGAACUUCGCUGCUGGAUUUUGCAAAGGCGUUUGACUUGGUGAUUGCUAACUCGAGUUUCCCGAAGAAGGAUAAGCAAUUGGUUACUUUUCAGAGUUUGGCAGCCAGGAUCCAGAUUGACUAUCUAUUCCUUAGAAAGUCAGAUAGAGGUCUGUGCAUGGAUUGCAAGGUCAUCCCGAGUGGGAACCUCACGACCCAGCAUAGGCCCAUGGUCAUGGAUUUGGAGAUUAUGAGGAAGCGGAGAAAGAGGGCUGUGUAUGGUCUUUCUACGAUCAAAUGUGGAGCUUUGACUAAGGAUGAAGAAGAUGUCCGAGGAAUGAAGAUGUAUUAUGAUGAUCUUGUUGUAUAA